AUGGCCGCCCUACCUCAGUACUCGUACAUCUUCGGAUUGGGCAUCUGCUUCGCCUUCCUCGAUGCGUGGAGCAUCGGAGCUAAUGAUGUCGCCAACUCGUUCGCGACCUCGGUCAGUUCGAGGUCGCUGACUAUGACCAAAGCGAUGACCAGCGGUGGUAUCAUGGAAUUCGUAGGAGCAGUGCUUGCUGGAUCUCGUGUCGUAGGAACCAUCCGUAACGAUAUCAUCUCCAUCGAGGCUUUUGAACAGGACCCAAGCGUGCUUAUGAUGGGUAUGCUGUGUGCCUUGAUCGGUUCCUCGCUCUUCUUGACUCUGGCCACCAAGAUCGGUCUCCCUGUAUCCACCACUCACUGUAUCAUCGGUGGUAUCAUCGGCGUCGGCUUUGCAACUGUCGGCGCGAACGGUGUUGACUGGUCAUGGGGAGGUGUCUCUCAAGUCUUCGCUGCCUGGGGUAUCGCACCUUGCAUUGCCGGCUGCUUCGGUGCCAUGAUCUUCACCUUUACAAUGUCCGGCGUCUUCAAGUCGAAGAAUCCACUCAGGAUGGGCAUAAUUACGGUCCCAAUAUACUUUGCCCUCACCAGCGGUAUCUGCACCAUGCUCAUUGUCUGGAAAGGCGCUGCGUCUCUUGAUCUCGAUGACUGGGGAGUCGCACCCACCGUCGGCACGAUCUUUGGUGUCGCCGAUGGAUGUGCUCUUCUGUCCGUCAUCUUCCUUCUGCCAUUCGUCUACGUUCGACUAGUCAAGGAAGACUGGCAGGUCAAGCAGUGGGACAUCCUCAAAGGCCCGCUUCUCCUCCGCCGUCGAGCACCACCGCCAAUGCCAGCUGGCCACCGCCUCGUGUCAGACUACUAUGCCGGCCACAAGACACGUGAAGAACUCGAGCGUGAUGGCGCCGACCGUGAAUCUACCGGCGAUGAAGAGAGUAUCGGCAAGGACGGCGUGGCUCCAGCUGCUGCUCUCGCCUUGGAAGAGACCAGCGCGAGCGCUGUUGCACAACCCAGCGUCACAUCCGACCAGAUGGCCAAGGCCGAGAGGCAACUCAACAUUCGCAAGUGGUACGAGCCACAAAUGCUCUGGAAGAAGUUUGUAUGGCUGUUUUUCUUCCGUGGUGUCAUGGUUGACGUUGUCGUCGAGCAGUCGCACUCCAACGAGGCUAAGGGUCUGCAACGACUCCUUGCCGGAACCAGCCUGGCUGACAAGCACGCACGUGUUGAACACUAUAACCCCAAGGUUGAGCAUCUUUACUCUUUCCUCCAAGUCCUCACUGCCGCUACCGCGUCUUUCGCGCAUGGUGCCAACGACGUUGCUAUUGCCAUGGGUCCGUUAUCUGCUAUCUACCACAUCUGGAACACUGGCACCACAGGCGAAGACUCUGCGGUCCCGAUCUGGGUUCUCGUCUUUGGAGGUGCUUCUAUCUCCAUCGGUCUCUGGACUUACGGAUACAACCUGAUGCGCAACUUGGGUAACCGCAUCACUCUCCACUCGCAUUGCAGAGGUUUCCCCAUGGAGCUUGGUGCCGCGCUCACCGUUGUCCUCGCCACCCGUCUCGCUCUUCCGGUCUCGACUACGCAAUGUAUCAUUGGUGCCACUGUUGGUGUUGGUCUUUGCGCUGGAGAUGUCAAGGCUAUCAACUGGCGCAUGGUCAUUUGGGCUUAUGCUGGUUGGUUCAUUACGUUGCCUUGCACUGCUGUUUUUGCUGGAUGUUUGAUGGGGUCCAAGAUUAAUUCGCCGCAGUUUGGGAACUCUGUUCAGAGAUUGGGGAUAAGUUAUGUCAUAGCGAUAGCCUGUCAUUGGCAUGUAGACACUUGA